GCUGCUACUGCUGUGUGACCCCGAACACAAAAACACGUAUACGCACACAACCACAACCUUGCUUCCGCAAUGCCUCGGUCGUGCGUAGCACUUGGCGUGGCCAUGACGGCUGCCGCUUCGGUGGGGUCGGUCUCUGCAUUUACCGCGCCGCUUUCGAGUCAGCUGUCGCACCGUCAUCACCAGCAGGAGAGCUCGCUGCGCAUGAUGAGCUCAGAAGGGGGAAAUGCAGCUGCUGCUCCUCAAGGAGACGGGCCGGUAAGCCGCCGACAGUGCCUCGCUUCCGCCAUGUCGGCGGCCGGACUCGUGGCCGGGGCGGCGGCGGCGGGGGCGCGCGAGGCGCCGAAGCCUCCUCCCCGAGCCCGCUUGCCGGAGGGGGACACUCAGGGGUCCGACUACAUGGAACUGGGCGGUGGGAGCAAGAGCUUCGCGAAGCCGCGCAUCCGCUACCCAGAUUUCAGAGAUCUCGAGAACGGCCUCCAGUUCAAGGACGCCAAGGUCGGCACGGGGAGGGCUGUCACGGAUGGGGACAGGGUUGUCUUCGACUGGGAAGGGUACACUAUCGGGUACAACGGAAACCUGUUCGAGAGUAAUAGGGGGCCGAAGGGGGGGGACUUCGACAAGGACAAGGACUCGUCCCGUUUCGUGGUGGGCAGCGGUACUAUCAUCCCUGGGCUGGAGGAGGGCAUCAAGGGAAUGCAAGCCGGGGGCGUGCGGCAGAUUGUGGUGCCGCCUGAGCUCGGAUACCCCGAGGGCGACCGGAAGCACGACAGGGUGGGGCCGAAGCCGUCCACCUUUUCGGGCACCCGCGCGCUGGACUUCGUACUCAGCAACCCGGGGUACAUCGACAAGACGCUGCUCUUCACCGUCAAGGUUGUUCGUGUGGACAAGCCGGGAGACAGGACUUCCCGCUCCGGAAAGUAGCGGAAUGCGUUGGUCUUCUUCGUGUUCUGGGCGGGUGGGUUUGGUAGUUGUGUGUGCCCGAGAUAGAAGGUUUGAUGUACGGGGGCGGCCGGUUUUGGUAGACGGCAAGCGAUGUUUUUUACAUUUGUUUUUUUAUUUUUGUGGCAUGUUUCGUUCCGUUGGAUUGCGAUAGCAAAAGGAUGUCGGGCCAGAUCACGCAAGGCACAUCGUAUGAAAUCGAUCUUGCCGACUGGCUCCAUUGACACGUUUUUUUUUUUGUGUAAUUAGACGGGGACGAGCGCAUCACGUUUCGUGCCACGUACGUGCUGGCUUCGGGGGUGGGCAUGACUGCUGUGGCGCGAACGCUCAUUGUGAGCUUGUUGGCGGCGUGGUGUUCGUGACAAGUGGAGGUCACCGUUGAUCCGCCACCGUUAAGGGGUCUCUGGUUUUGUAGCGCUCCAGGACUUACAACUACAGGUCAGGUGCCCUGAGAUUGCUUUUGCAGUAGCAGUGUUAGUUACGGCCUGAAGUAAGAGUGUGAGUGGUAAGAGGGGGUGCGCGGUCGCUUGGUCACCGCACUCACUUGACGUCGACCGGGGAGAAGCUCGGCCGAGGACGAUCCUUGACAUUGAGAAAAGAAAGUCUUGCUUCGAAGCGAGAAACACGGUGCUGGUUUCUCGCCCGUGUCGGAUGGGGUGAAACAUUAGUACAGGAUGCGGGUUUGUUUACGGCAUCAGCACUCACGAUAGAGGUAUGUAUCACAACAUAAUUUUUCAGGCAAAUGG